AUGGCAGACAAGCUGCUGGUGGGAGUGUGUGUGUUGGUGGCAUCUUUGGGUCAGGUUAUGAGUAGCCCCCAGUCGAGGAGAAAUAACCUGAACCCAGAUGUGCUGUAUCCCUGGAGAAUGAAGACUACAGGUCUGGGCCGGGUAAAGAGAGACUGGAUCAUUCCACCCAUCCGUGUUUCUGAGAACAGCAAGCAGGUCCCUGAAUAUCUGGUCCAGAUCAAAUCAGACAAGGUUUUCACUGGAGAGGUGAUCUACAAGCUGGAGGGCCCUGGGGUCGACCAGGAGCCUAAGGACCUCUUCGAAAUAGAUGAUAAAACAGGAUGGAUUAAGAGCAAGAAGCCCCUGGACAGAGAGACUCAUAAGAGCUUCACGCUUAAAGCCUUUGCCCUGUCGCCCAGUGGAGAGCGGCUGGAGAACCCCACCACCAUCGAGAUCUAUGUACUGGACCAGAAUGACAACAGACCCACUUUUAUCAAAGACGAGUUCAUUGGCUCUGUGCCAGAAUUCUCCAUUCCAGGUACUUCAGUGCUGACUGUAUCAGCAACAGAUGCUGACGACCCCAACACAGACAACUCAGUGCUGAGCUACUCCAUAACAGCUCAGGAGAGCUUUCCACCUUUCAGCAUCAACAAGACCAUGUUUGGCAUCAAUAAUACAACAGGAGUGAUCUACACCCGAGAUGUGGGGCUGGACCGAGAUGUGGUGCAGUCGUUCCGGCUGACCUUACAGGUGGCCGACAUGUCUGGAAUGGGCCUGACCAGCACAGGACGAGUCAUCAUCCACAUCAUAGACAUCAAUAACCAUGCUCCGCAGUUCAACCCUAACAUGUACACAAUGUUUACCAUGGAGAAUAAAGUGGGAGAGGAUAUAGGUAGAGUGAAUGCUACAGAUAAAGACGAGAAGAAUGGCAACAACUGGAGGAUUACUUAUUCCAUUAUUAAAGGAGAUUCUUCUGGCAAUUUUGCCAUCCGGACAGACCAUGUCACCAACCAGGGAAUUAUCUCUGUAUUGAAGCCCCUGGACUUCGAGUCACGGGUUGAGUACCAGCUUACUCUGAGAGCAGAGAACGAAGUGCCUCUAAGUAUUAAAGCUCCAUAUGAACGGACCAGCACUGCUACCAUCACCAUCAGAGUUCUAAAUGAAAAUGAAGCUCCACGUUUUUAUGCAAACCCCAUUGAGGUGUCUGCCCCAGAGUCCACUGAACCAGGAACUGUCCUCAUCUCCAAUGUUGCUUAUGAUGCUGAGAAUUCAAAGCUCAGAUUUGAAAUUACUCAAGAUCCUGAGAAAUGGCUCUCGAUCAACCGUGAAACUGGAGAGAUUUCAGCCAGGAAGACCUUCAACAUCCGCUCCCCACAUGUCAAGAAUAACAAGUACAAGGCAGUAGUAAAGGUCGCAGACAUGGAUGCGGGUGGUACUUCCAUAAUGGCCUCUCUGGAGAUCACACUGUGGGAGACCAAUGACUUCCCUCCUGUGCUUGUCCCUGUGAGUGGCAUUGUGUGCAGUAACAGAGAGAGACACCGACUCGGCCUGCUGAUCAGUGCUGUAGAUGAUGACCUCGCCCCUCAUGCAGACCCCUUCACCUUUGACCUGACUGAUGGAGACCUGGCAUCCAACUGGACCAUCAUACAGCUUAAUGAGACCCAUGCAAUGCUGCAGCCUGUGAUAGAUAUAGACCAGGGGGAGUUCUCCAUCCCCAUUACUGUAUCAGACUCGGGUUCACCUUCUCUCUCCUCCAGCGCACUAGUGAAUGUGACAGUGUGUCCAUGUGACAGGGCUGGACAGUGUAUGAGUGCCACAGCUGCAGCCAUUUUUGGAGCUAAAGUGGGCAUCAACUUUAUUGCCCUUAUAAUCAUUACAACCAGCAUUGCUCUUCUAUCAUUGUUGCUGUUCCUUGCUGUGGCUGUGAGGAGCUGCACCAGGCCCGGCAAUAAGAAAGGAGGAGGCCUGCUGAUUGCCGAAUCAGAUGAUGAUGUGCGUGACAAUGUAUUCAACUACGAUGAACAGGGCGGGGGAGAGGAGGAUGAGGAUGCCUUCAACAUUGAUCUCCUGAGGACCCCUAAUGACAUGGGUUUUCCCCCAGAAUCCUUCAGUCAACUCGGAUCUGGUCUUCCAAAAUGGAAGCAGCCACUUCGAAAGGACGCGCCAUACAAUCUACCCUCACCUGCGUACCCACGCAAACCUCGAGGAGAGCCCACUGACAUCGAAGAUUUCAUCAGUGAUUGCCUGGAUGUUGCAGACAAUGACCCUAACGUGCCUCCAUUUGACACAGCUCUGAUCUACGACUAUGAAGGAGAUGGUUCUCUGUCAGGCAGCCUGAGCUCCCUCGCUUCCUCUGGCUCAGAUGAGGACCAGGACUAUGAUUACCUUAAUGAUUGGGGACCACGCUUCAAGAAACUGGCCAACAUGUACGACCCACGCUAG